AUGCCCCGAGUCCAUAAAUCGAGGGAGCUCGCCGCGGGAGGGGCUUUUCGCAUCGUCGUUGAUCGCCAGGGGCUGGGCUGCCCGGGGGCUCCGAGUUCUGCGGUCAGCGCGGUGAGCGUUUUCUCUCAGCAGGGCGAAAGCCAGAGACGCUUGUACCGAGAACUGCUGAGAAACUACAAUCGUCUUGAACGACCGGUAGUGAAUGACUCCCAACCCCUUGUAGUCGAGCUCCAGCUUUCUUUGCUGCAGAUAAUUGAUGUGGAUGAGAAGAAUCAAGUGUUGAUCACAAAUGCCUGGCUGCAAAUGUACUGGGUUGAUGUUUACUUAUCUUGGGAUCAGUAUGAAUACCCAGGGGUGCAGAACUUGCGAUUUCCAGCUGACCAGAUUUGGGUACCAGACAUUCUUCUGUAUAACAGUGCAGAUGAAAGAUUUGAUGCGACAUUUCACACAAAUGUGCUGGUGAAUUACUCUGGAUCCUGCCAAUAUAUUCCUCCAGGCAUUUUGAAGAGCACAUGUUACAUUGAUGUCCGCUGGUUCCCCUUUGAUGUACAGAAGUGUGACUUGAAGUUUGGUUCCUGGACUCACAGUGGCUGGUUGAUUGACCUGCAGAUGCUCGAGGCUGAUAUUUCCAACUACAUCUCAAAUGGAGAAUGGGAUUUAGUGGGUGUCCCAGGAAAGAGGAAUGAGAUGUACUAUGAAUGCUGUAAAGAGCCAUACCCAGACGUGACGUACACCAUCACGAUGCGCCGACGCACCCUCUACUACGGCUUGAACCUACUCAUUCCAUGUGUUCUCAUAUCCGGCUUGGCACUGCUUGUUUUCCUUUUGCCUGCCGAUUCAGGGGAGAAGAUUUCUUUAGGUAUCACUGUCCUGCUUUCCCUGACUGUAUUCAUGCUGCUUGUGGCUGAGAUCAUGCCUGCAACUUCUGACUCAGUCCCACUAAUAGCUCAGUAUUUCGCAAGCAUCAUGGUCAUCGUUGGUCUGUCUGUUGUGGUAACAGUGCUCGUUCUGCAGUUUCACCAUCAUGACCCACAAGCAGGAAAGAUGCCCAAAUGG